GGUCGUGCUUGGUUUGGCUGGUGCUGGCGACGGUGGCGGGCGGCCUGCAGGCGGCCAAUGCGCCCACCUACCGCCUCGUGGUCGGCGAUGGAGGCUACGCCCGCCUCCUCACGCCCGCGCCAUCGCUGUCCGAACUCACGCUCGCGGCCUGGGUCAACGUGACGGCCUUCCCCGACGGCGUGGCGCCCAUCCUGACCGCCGUGGCGCCCGACGCCAAGAGCCAGGUGGCCUUCUUCCUGCGCCACGACGGCCUUGGCGUGCUGUGGGGCGGCCCCCCCGACGUGCCCCGCAUCCACCUGGACCAAGUGGACCGCCAUCCGCGCACGCAGUGGACACCCGUCGAGCAGGAGGGGCAGCGCAGGCGGCGCCGCGACGCCGUGGACUAUAGCGGCGGCCUUGGGGACAUCAUGGACAUUCUGGCGGAGUCCCGAAAUGGCCGCGCCUACGACACGUGGACGCCCUACGGCUUCGUGGACGUGGACCAGAUGGGCGUGGCUGACCUGGAGGCCGCCCCCUCGGGCCUCAACGCAGACCUGCACCUCGUGGAGACCCGCGACGGGUUCUCGCGCUCAGAGUCCUACAACGACUGGACCAACGUCCCGUACGAGCUGCACAUGCAGGAGAGCGACCCGUACGACCUGCACCUGGCCGAGCCCGAGCCGCGCAUCAUCACCGAGCCGUCCGGCGACGACGACUUCGUCUUCUUCAACUGGAACGUUCCGCCGCAGCCCAGGCCGUCCAUCCCGCAGUCGCCGAACGAGUGGUCGCCCAUCUGGACGCCGGCGGGGGAGCAGCAGCGCCCCCAGGCCCCUACGCAGCGCCACGAGGAGCCCGCGCCCGCGCCUCCGCGACCCACACUCCCGCAGCCGACGCACACCAAGGCAGCGCCCGAGCAAUCCGACAAUGACAAGCAAGGCGCCUGGUCUGCCCAGGUGACCAAGGUUGAACUCGGCCAAGACUUCUGGAGUCCUUACCGCCUGCGAGGCGCCUCCUUCGGCCCCCCGGCCCCGCAGGCGCCCACCACCACCCCGACUACAACCACAACCCGACCCACAACCCCUAGGCCCACAACAACCACGGCAACAACCCCCCGAACUACAUCAAGGAGACCGACUCUUCGUCCAACACGUAGAACAACACCCAAGAGGACCACAACCACAACCUCAACCACCACCACCACGACCACCACCACAACCCCAAGGCCAACAACACAACCACCAACCACCGCCCCCACCACUACACCGUCUGCAGCCACCUCUACCACCCGAGCCUGGCGCAACAGCCUCCGCUUCACCACCCGCCGCUUCACUGCCCCGCCCACCACCAGCACCCCGAGGUACACCAAGCGCCCCUCGGCCUUUCCUCGCCCCCCCUCGGCGCGACGCACCACACGCAUGCCCUUGUGGAAGCUCAUCAAGCAUCCCGAAGCUGCGCAUGCCCACACCUCUCCCUCUACCACAACACCCUCAACUACUGCAGCCACAUCCACAACCACAACUACUCCGAGACCAACAACCAGAAUCAUUACCACCAAGAGGACCACAGCUUCGAGGCUUCCCACAGCAUCCACAACCACCACCAGGACACCCACAACUACCGAGCAGCCAACCACAGCCCAGCUGAGGGUGCUCCCCAUCGUGCGGCAGAGUCCCUCUCCACCACAGCUGACAGACAAGCCCCAGAUCACUGGGCAGAAGUCCAAGGUGUCCAUCUGGUCAAGCGCCAGCGACCACCACCACCACAAGGUCACAAAGGGCCAAGGCUUCCAGGACAAGUGGUCUGGCAAGUCCCAGGCAUCGCUAAACACAGUGCACAAGCGCCAUCGGCAGCAGCAGACAAACAUUAUGCCCUACCAUGUGGAUGAAUUCCAACGCGCGAUGGAAGGUCUCCCGCCGGUCAAGGAUGGCAACAUGGCCGUGGUAUACUCUGUGCCCAUCACCAACGUGGACGCUUUCAACACCAUGUACCAGCAGUACCAGGCAAUGGAGGUGCCGGCCCCAGCUCACACCCGACAGCCCACCAUCAUCCACGAGGCCGUCGUUAAACCACAGGAGGACGAAGUGAAUGAGAAUGGCCUUGGCGAGACCACCUCCUCCAGGGAUGAUGAGAUCCUCAGUCUCCACUAUGUCACCGAAUCUGAAAUAUCCUAUGAGGAAACGGACACUCCUGCAGUUCUCAGUGAAGAAGAUGCUGUCCUCGUGCCCACUGAGGAGCCUCUGCCACCCACUCCUUCCAGGAGUGACAUCCCCAUCGCUGAGGAAGCAGCACUCGAGAUUCAGCCCUCAACUGAGACCUUGGCUUUCAAACCAAGCCCAACUUUCCCAUCCAUCCUGAAAGUCUAUGAGGAGCCUGAAGAAGUUAUCAUUGUCGAGGAACCAAGGCAGCCUGAAGCUUCUGCACCUAAGGACAGGUCUAAGCCACAGCUGCCUCCUCAAGCUGCCUAUUACAUUCCAGAUAUAACUAUUCCUUCCACAACGGAAGCACCUGUCACAGUCAAGCUUCAAGACAUAACUACCAAAACAAGCAAGGCUCCUGUUCUUCCUGAAGUUAAUAUUCCAUCUUUCGUUCUGGAACCUGAAAUUCUCCCUGAAGUAAGCACCAAAGAAGUCCCGGAACCAAGCCUUCCUGCCAGCUUAGAACCUAGCAAGGAGGAACAGAAUGAAGCACAUUCUGCCAAUUUCGCAGUCUUCCAUCAGGGCGAGGACGAGCUUCCAUAUUACCCAGAUCAAGGCCCAGCUGAGGAGCCAUCUUUCUCCAUCGAGGAUCUUUACCAGCCUGCUGGAGUUCUAGUGUCACAAGAGGAAGCCGUCCCAGUGUCACACUACCAGGAGUCCUCACACUUAUUCCAUGAGCAACUUCCACCACACUAUGCCUCCUCAAAGCCCGCCCCACGGCCUAUUGCAUAUGGUGGCCCUGUCUCACAGAUGGCCAACCGACGCCAUGACGAUGAGGAUGUAGUUCUGUUCAGUUCUAACCCACAGGAGCUGCUUGACAAGGGCUUCCUCCCCAGGCCGGUUCACUUUGUCAGCACGCCUGAGGAAGCCAACAUUUGGAUGAAGGAGCAAUAUGAGCAAAGUCCCGAAGCAGAGAAGAUGGUAGAGGAGGAAGAGGAGGUUCUUAUAGUGCCAACCAACACCAAUGAUGACUUGCUUCAAGUUCCUGUUGGUGAGAGUAAGCAGUCAGCAGGAACACCAAACUUCCACUUUAAGAAGUUGCCUUUUAAGUUCCAUGCCAAUGAGUGGUAUCAUGUGGCAUUCACAUGGAACAACCAUGACCACCAGACAGGCAUUUAUGUCAACGGGGAGCUUGUGGGAACCCUGACUGGCAUCCUGCCCAGCCAGAGUGCCUUCCUUGGAGGUGGCCUCACUAUCCUGGGCCAGACUUUGCUCCCUGAUUUGACUGACUUUGACCACACUUCACAGUUCUCUGGGGAAAUGAGCGAGGUAAACAUGUGGCCACAGACGCUCACCUCAGAGGCAGUGCGUGACUUGUACCAGUGCAAAACACAACUGCCAGUGUCCCCUGCACUCAGCUGGCACCAACUCUCAAUGAGAUUUUACAGCAGCAUCCACAUCCAAGACUCGAAUUCUUUGUGUGGGGCAUGAAGAGCAGAAAAAUAUACAAAAAUUGCUAUUCAAAACAAAUUCAUACAUCAAUGGUGAACUAUUCACAUAUUUCCCUAAAAAAUAGCACUAAUAUUGCCCUGAACAUUGACCCUGAAGAUGACAAAAUUAUCCGCUGAUUUAUCCUUUCUUCAUGGCUAAUAAAAAUUACGACAUUGUAGCAGAUAUGGUGGAAAAGACAAAGGCACACUGAGGGACAUCUGAACCCCCCAUCCUCCCACAGAAAAGAUUUCUGCUUGGAUGCUCUAUCCUUCUAUCUGCCCUAUCCUCCCUCCUCCCAUGGAAGGUCCUCUGUCAUCCUCCCAUACAGGAAAUUGCUCCCUAUCCCUCCUCUCAUCCUCCCACAGGAUCUGUCCUCCCACCCUUCAUGCCCUCAUCCACUCCCACCUGCCUUCCAGGGUCGCCCAAGUACUAAACCGCCACCUGUGUGAGGACACCUUCCUGAGUUACCUACUGGAUGAUGUCUUUCAAAUCCUGAGCUACAUACAGUGUCAGAAAAUUGUGCUAUAGACAGUAUUAUCAUACCCCAUCUAAACAUUAUUCUAGACUUUAUUAUAAUACAACGUGCAGGUCGCGUUGCUGUGUGAACCACGCCUGUGUAUCUCAGUGGCUUGGAACUUUUUGUGAUAGUGACCUCGGAGUAUUCUCAAGUAAAAGAAAAAAAAGGACAGAAAAAAAUGGUGGCGUUGCGUUUGGGAAGAAAAGAAGGGUAAUGGCGUAACUGGAAAACAUAGGCCUGGGAUUUUUUUUUUUUUUUUUGUUAAUGUGCUAAUUGAACUGUUUAUUUGUUGCCUUGUUAGUAAAUAUUUAUAGAUGCUGUCUUCACUCACUGUCCAUUGUUGCUACAUGUAUAGUGUUACAGCACACCAAUCAUCUCUUUUUGUGUUUACUUGUGUCUUUGUAGAAGAAAAAGGUAGGAAUGAGAAUGAAUAGUUCCAAAGUGAAUGAUAUGGAAUUAAUAUGUUGAUAUCAAUUCCAUAAUUGAUAUCAUAUCAAUUAUGGAAGAACAUAUGUUACCUUUUUUCUACAUUUGUCACAAUCAUUUCUUGACUCGGGUCCUUGCCAUUUUGAGCUUCUUUGAAAGACAUUCACCAUUAUAUACAAUGCUGUCAAGAUCUCUUUGACCAGAGAGGUCAGCAAUAUCACGGCAAGAAGCUGCAUAUCAUUAAAAUCUCUUUGGGUUUACAACAGUCAAUGCUAUUUGCAGAUGCAAGGAAUCCAAACUUAUGGUUUGUUUUGGAAGAUAAACAGAUAAUAAGUGUAAAAAAAUAAAUCUGUCCCACUACAUUUCCACAGACUUUGUCUGUAUAAAACAAAUUCAUAAUAGGUCUGGAUAUCAUGUAAAUAUAUCAUAACUAUACUGCUUUCAAACAUAAGUUUAUAUAUUUCUUCUCUCUUUCUACCUGUAGACUGAAGGCAUAGGGGGGACUUUAAAGACUUGUCCAAUAUAGCUUUCUUCCAUUAUGCAUUCACCCUAAAAAGAGUACAACUAAAAGAUAAUCUCUUUGCUUUGGUACAGACCAUGGAGGUGCUGGUUGAAUUCUAUAUCUCAAUUUCUAGGUCUGACUGGCUCGGCAUACCACUAGCACCUCCUGCUAGUUGCCAGCACUCUCCAUGGUCAAGUGGAAAUCAUACAUUGUGCUAGAAGUUGCUGUUUGUUUGCUCUGUCCUACAUCUAGUAUAUUUAGGAAUAAAAAUAACCUAGUUGACUACAGUUUCUACUUCUAUAGCAUUCGUGAUGAUCGUAAAUUAUUUUGUGAAAGUAUGUUUCACAUUUCAUGGACACUAAACUGUAAACUGAAACAAUAAAGAAUUGUAGAUUUUC